CAGAGUAAAGAAACUUGAGACCUGGCGCUAACGGAGGAACAACAAAACCAAAUAUCACAACCUGAAAGAAGAAAAACCUGGAAAUCUGUGAAUUUGGAGACAGCAAUGCCGGAAAUAACGGAGAACAAGAACAAGUUUGGGACGCUGGAGAGCUUCAUUCGCAGCCAACACAGCACAUGGAAAUCCCUAUUGAGCCGCGCCAGUAGAAAUUCAUCCGAUGCCGAUCCCCCGAAUGACGAUACCUCCAAUCAUCUCAUUCCUAACCUUUCCGCUUUCGCCAAUUCCGUUGUCGCCCGCUGUUCCAAAAUCCUUCAAAUCCCUACUCAAGAAUUACAGCAUCGUUUUGAGAGAGAGCUACCAGAGAGUGUUAAGCAACCUCUGAGUUAUGCAAGGAACUUUUUAGAGUUCUGCUCAUAUCUAGCACUCUUCCAGGCAUCUAGAGGACCAGAUUAUUUGAGUAAUAAUGAGUUCCGGCGUUUGUCGUAUGACAUGAUGCUUGCAUGGGAGGCCCCUGAUGCUGAAAGUGAACCACUAACUAAAGAAGCUACUUCCUGCAGUAAUCAGCAAGCAGAGGAUGAAGAUGGCUGGUCUCUAUUUUAUUCAAGUUCCACAAAUACGGCUGUUCAGGUUGAUGAAGAGAAAACUGUUGGACCAGAAGCUUUUGCACGAAUAGCUCCUGCUUGUGCUGCUAUAGCAGAUAUAAUUACUGUCCACAAUCUUUUUGAAGCACUGACAAGUUCUUCAUGCCAUCGACUUCAUUUUCUGAUAUAUGACAAGUACCUCCGGAGCCUUGACAAGGUGAUCAAGAGUGCAAAAAAUGCAUCAGGAUCGACUUUGUUUUCCAACCUUCAGCUUGUUGAGGGAGAGAUCAUCUUAGACAUUGAUGGUACAGUUCCCACUCAACCAGUUCUGCAACAUAUUGGAAUCUCUGCCUGGCCUGGGCGGUUGACGUUAACCAAUUAUGCACUGUACUUUGAGUCCCUGGGAGUUGGUUUAUACGACAAAGCUUCCAGAUAUGAUCUGGCAACGGACAUGAAGCAGGUCAUAAAGCCUGAAUUAACUGGACCAUUGGGUGCUCGUUUAUUUGAUAGAGCCGUGAUGUACAAAUCAAUAUCUGUAUCAGAGCCUGUUUAUUUGGAGUUCCCUGAAUUUAAAAGCAAUUCGCGCCGGGACUAUUGGUUGGAUAUUUGUAUUGAGAUCCUGCAUGUGCACAAGUUCAUUAGGAAGUACAACCUCAAAGAGAUGCAGCAGUCAGAAGUACUUGCAAGGGCAAUUCUAGGCAUCUUCCGUUACCGUGCAGUGAGAGAAGCUUUCCACAUUUUCUCAUCCCAAUACAAAAGCUUACUUGUGUUUAACCUGGCUGAAAGUCUUCCUGGGGGCGAUUUGAUAUCUGAAGCUCUGUAUAGUCGUUUAGCACUUCUGAAUGCCAGUGCUACACAAGAUGAUGUUCUUGGCUCUUCAUAUGCAGGACAGGACUUGAAAAUAUUUCCGGUUUCACUUUUUACACUUAGUAGACAUGGAUUCAUUUUACAGAAAGAGGCAGUUAUGAGUGGAGAAGCAAUAUUUCCAGUUGGAGAUGUUUGGGUUGGUGAGACAAAUCCAUUGGAAAUUGCAGUGAAACAGUCCAUAUGGGACAAGGGAAGGGCUGAAGCUGCACAGGCAACUGUAGAUCAAGUGAAAGUGGAGGGAAUUGAUACAAAUAUAGCAGUAAUGAAGGAGUUACUUUUCCCGGUAAUUAAAUGUGCUGAGCGUCUCCUACUGCUAGCCUCAUGGGAAGACCCUGUAAAAUCAACAGUGUUUCUUUUGUUGACCUGCUAUGUGAUUCUUAGGGGGUGGAUCAGGUAUAUAUUGCCAUCCAUUUUUGUAUUUCUUGCAGUUUUCAUGCUCUGGUGCCGACACUUUAACAAAGGGAAACCAUUAGAAGCCUUCAGAGUAAUGCCUCCCCCUCAUCGGAAUGCAGUUGAGCUGUUGCUAGCAUUGCAGGAACUUGUCUCUCAAAUUGAAGGAAUAAUUCAAGCUGGGAAUAUCAUUCUUCUCAAAAUAAGGGCUCUCGUAUUUGCUAUGCUUCCGCAGGCCUCAGAUAGGAUUGCUUUGUUGCUGGUUUUCAUGGCUGCUGUCCUUGCAUUUUUGCCAAUCAGAUACUUAACCACACUAAUAUUCGUCGAGGCUUUCACAAGGCAGAUGCCCCUGAGGAAAGACAGCAGUGACAAGUUGGUGAGACGGGCACGAGAAUGGUGGAUUAGGAUUCCUGCAGCUCCUGUUCAGCUUAUCAAAACUGAUGCCAAGAAGAAGAAGAAAUGAAACCUGCUUUGAGAACACUGAAUUUGUAAAUUGUAAACAACACACUGGAUAUCUUUACAUUGCAAGAUCAUCCUAUUCAGGUUCUUAUGUACAUAACAUUUAUAGUUUUUCCUUGAUCAUAACAACGUUCUUAUUCUUUUGGUAUGGGGAAAGGAUUUA